AUGCAUGACUUCCUUGUUUUUGUUAAGUUAAGCAGGUCUGGCUAGCUGUGUUUCACAGAGUGUGUGUGUGUAUGUGCUCAGGUAGUACGACUGACACAGGAGCAGCCUGAUGAAGGAGGGGGUCUCAUGGAUGAACUGAAAGCAUGACCUACAGAGCACACAGGGUGAGUUGGAGGGAAGUAGAGCUGGCAGAGGUAGAAGAGGACGAGGAGAAGACCGAAUUUGAACCCCAAACAGCAGACAAUGGACUGUUUUCCCUUGGGUGGUACCAUGGUAACCUCUCACGCCAUGCAGCUGAAGCUCUGCUACUUACAAAUGGCCAAGAUGGAAGCUACCUCCUGAGAAACAGUAAUUCCAAGUCAAACAGCUACUCACUCUCUGUCAGGGCCAAGGAUUCCGUAAAACAUUUUGAGGUUCUGCAAUGUGGAUCUUAUUUCAAGUUUGGCUUCAAUGAAUUUCCUACGUUAAAACAAUUUGUAGAGCAUUUUGCAAACCAGCCUUUGAUUGGAAGUGAAUCAGGCACCUUAAUUUUAUUGAAACAUCCCUAUCCUUGUACAGUAGAAGAGCCUUCAAUAUAUGAGUCGGUCCGUGUUCAUACAGCAAUGCAGACUGGACGUUCUGAAUCUGACCUUGUUCCUUUGGCACCCCCAUUGGGUACCAAAGAAGGAUAUCUUACAAAACAAGGAGGACGUGUAAAGAGCUGGAAAACCAGAUGGUUUAUACUGAGUCGAAAUGAGCUGAAAUACUUUAAGGACAAGGUGUCUGCAGAGCCAAUAAGGACGCUUGACCUUACAGAGUGCAGUGCUGUACAGUUUGAUUAUUCACAAGAGAAGGUCAACUGUUUCUGUAUGGUAUUUCCUUUAAGAACAUAUUACCUUUUUGCAAAGACCGGAGCAGAAGCUGAUGAGUGGAUUAAGAUAUUACAAUGGAAACUGUCACAGAUUAAGAAACAGCCGCAAUAAAGGAAACAGCUGAUCCUUACUCCUGGAAAUGCCCAUCAAUAAGAAGGAGCAACCAUACAGUGACUUUUUCUGUGAAGUGAAUGGUACAUAUUGCGCAACUCCACACAGUGACUUGUACAAUAAAUGUUACACUGGUAUUACGAUUUAGUAAAAGAGAAUCUGUUUGUUUUAACUGACAUCUGCUAAAACUGAUUGGCAGGCAACCUAAAAUGUGUAAAUCUGUAUACCAGCAGUUACAAUUUGUAUUAUAUAAUUUAAUAUGGCAGUAACCUAAUAUACAGUAUAUAUAAAUAUAUAUUACUAGGGAAUUCUUCUGACCAUCACCAUUUCUCUCUAAUUCAUUUUAGGCUGUGCAUACAAUUUCUUCUGUGCAAAGGGCAAAUUAUUAAUUCACAUACAAUUUUUUUCAAUGCUCUACAGGUUGCACUGUGGUUUGGGGCAGGGCCGGACUGGCAAUCUGUGGGUUCUGGCAAAUGCCAGAGGGGCUACUAUAAAUUCCCAUAGAAAGUCAGUAUUCACUUUUACUUCUGUAACUAGAAUGAGCCCUAUAAGACGCAUGGAUUGGUAUUUUGAAAGAACAGGUCAGCCUUGCAAGGUGGCCAUGGGCAUUAAAUAUAAAUGCACACCACUGUGUGAGUGUCACCUCGAACACCAAACAUGAGCCAAAAGUACAGACAAAUACUACACCAAAUAGACAAUUGAAGCAAAUCCUGCAAACUUUUACAUAUCAUUAAAUAUCAUCUGUAACUCCUUAGGAAACUUUGUUAAAUGCAAAUGUUUUAGUCAUAGAACUGUUGUAUAGCAUUGAACAUCUUAUGGUUUUUUUUUGUCAAUAGCCAUUGAGUUUAUUAAAUUUGUAUGUUUUUUAAGA